CGACGUCGUAACGCAAAGAGAAAUCCGGUCCUUUCGUUCCCGGCUUUUCCUGAAACGCAAUAUUAAAUUCCGAGUGCGGAUUCGGAUUUUGGAUCUGUCCGAAGUCCGAACGGACGAGUUGAGUUGGCUUCAUUCUGUGGCGGCGGCGAAAGAGGCUGAGGGAUACCGGAGGCAGUAAAAAUGGAGGCGGAGGACAAGAAGAAGAAGAAGAGGAACAAGAAUAAGAAGAAGAACAACAAGGCCCCCGACGAUGUCCCCGUCGCGGAGAACAGCAGCCAAGUUUCAUUGUCCGCCGCCGCCGCCGCCGCCGAUACUAUUUCCGAAGAUGUCCAGAUUUCCGGCAAUGGUCAAGUUUCAGAGGCCGCUGAUAAUGCUGUGCAAUAUGUAGAUGCGAAUCCGAUUAGGCAUGAGAAUGGCACCGAACAACGUUCGUUAUUAGCUGAAUCUGAGGAAAGGCAUUGGCUUCAAAAAGAGGCUGAGUUGGAAGAAAUGAUCAAGCAAUUAGAAAAAGAAAAAGACUUGCAAAUGCACAAGGAGGCUACAUUUGAGGGUACUAUUAAGCAAUUACAGAAUGAAAAGGAUUCAAGUGAACAGAAUGUGGCUACGUUAGAAGGUACGAUAAAACUAUUACGGGAUGAAAAAGAUGCACAUAUGCAGAAAGAGGCUACGUUAGAAGAUACAAUAAAACUAUUACGGGAGGAAACUGAUUCACACAUUCAUAAAGAGGCCAUCCUACAGAAGGAAAUUGUACAAUUACGGAGUGAAACAGAUUCCUGGCUUCAAAAGGAGGUUGGGUUGGAGGAGAAAAUCAGUCGACUAGUAGCCGAAAAGUCCACUUUGGAAUCUGAAGAGGCAAGCUUACAGGAAAAGAUUAAACAUCUACAGAGUGAUAGAGAUACCUGGAUUCUAAAGGAGGAUUCAUUUAAAGAAAUGAUAGCAACUCAGACAGAUAAUAUUGCUAGACUACAAGCACAGGUGUUGGAAUUGGAGCAAUCCAGGAAUAAUCUUGUACAAGAAAACCAACAGCUGAUGGGAAAUUUAUCUAGUCUAGAGUUGCAAAUUAAGGAUCUUGAGAGUGUUUCUUCUAAUCGCUCAUCAGUUGAAGGUGCAAAGCAUACUUCAGAACGUGAAGAUCUGAACUCGCAAAUUGAAGCAGCAUGUGCACUGGUUGAGAAAUUAAUUACAGAGAAUGCAGACCUUGUUGAAAAGGUGAAUGAGUUGUAUGUUGAACUUGAACGGCAUAGUGCAAAAGAUGGGCUUCCUUCAACUACAACAUUUAAUACAACAGUUCUACCAGUUGAAACUCUUGGUACCAUCAAUCCCAUGUCCAGAUCCGGUGAGGAUAUGUCUACAUCAGGCCAGAAGCUUUAUUCAUCAGAAGUUGUGCCGCUCAAAGAGGAGAUACAUAAUAAUGGUAACAUGGAUUCCCAGCAGGCUGCUUCACUGCAAAGUAAUGGUAAUUUGGAUAUUCAGCAUCCUGAAUCAGUUCCAAAUUCAACCAUAUCGUAUGAAUCCAGUGAAAGUGAAAUUGUGCAAAUUCCUUUGGACGCCGAUGAAGUUCGGGAUCUAGAAUCGCAGUCAGCCAGAGAGGUUAAAAACGAAGCUGUCUCUCUUACAGAUGCUCCCCUAAUUGGUGCACCUUUCCGGUUAGUGUCGUUUGUUGCUAGAUAUGUCAGCGGUGCAGACUUGGUUAACAAAAGUUAGUACUAACUCUAGCGUUUAGCUUUUUACAUUGCCAUGAAACAGGGGCAUAAACCCAUAUUUUUGUUGAAAGAAUGUAAUAUACUAUUCUUUUAGAGAUCGAGGCAGGCCUUUUUUACUGCCCCAUUAAUUGUUAAACUAUCGGAAAAUGUAAUUCUUAUAUUGAAGAAACAACUCAAAAGGAAAGACUUGAAAUUUCAUAGU